AUGUCGACAGAAACCGUGACGGCAACCGCCGUGCAGCGCAACCCCAAAGACUCAAUCAAGUCAACAUGGUUCAAGGCUGACAAGUCAACCUGGACUGUAUGGCACUGGUUCUUCGAGCUCUUGGCUGUGUAUCCCCAGGACCGGGACACGCCUAUCCCCGUCUUCGCCAAGACGGAGAAAGUUCCCAACUCAUCAGCUAGCCACGUACACCGAUGGGUUCUGUCAUACGCCGUCGUACCAAUGUUGGUCCACUACGCCUACUACGCCUACACUGGCCAGAAUCUCUCGCUGGGCUGGGCACUCGCUCUGUACGGCGCCUGGCUCAACGUGACGGCGAUCCGGGAGAUUCAAACCAUCCGCAAGCUGGGCCAGCGCCACGGCUACCUCGACGGCGACAAGCACGAGCGCGACGGCAUCCCCGACGUUCGCGUCCGCGAGGUCGUCACAUCGCUCCUCCUUACCUCGACGCUGCGCCCGGCCAUGGCCAUUGGCCUGGCGUGGGACGCGGCCAAGACGCCCGACUCCCUCAUCGGCUGGCCGCUGGCCUACCUCUUCGUCGAGCUCACCGUGUACCCGCUCAUGGUGGACUUUUGGUUCUACUGGUACCACCGUGCCAUGCACGACGUCCCCUGGCUGUGGCAGUUUCACCGCACCCACCACCUGACCAAGCACCCCAACACGCUGCUCUCGCUCUACGCCGACGGCUGGCAGGAGCUCUUUGACAUUGUCGUCAUCCCCGUCCUGGCCUUUUACACCUGCAAGGCCCUCGGCCUGCCCAUGGGCUUCUACGAGACGUGGAUCUGCUACGAGUACGUCAUCUUCAUCGAGCUCUUUGGCCACAGCGGCCUGCGCAUGCGCGGCUCCCCGGCCCUGACGGCGGCGUCGCUGCUCAAGUAUUUCAACAUGGAGCUCGCCAUUGAGGACCACGACCUGCACCACCGCACCGGCUGGAAGAAGAGCCACAACUACGGAAAGCAGACGCGCUUCUGGGACACCUUGUUCAACACCAAGACGGAUCGUAUCGAGACACGUGAGGAGAAUGUCGACUACUCGGUGGACGCCUCGAUACCCAUCUUCUAG